CCACGUGGGUCGGGGAGGCAGGCCGCUCUUCCCUUCUGGGCGUGAGCUUGGGCCCGAGCGGAGGCUCGCUUUUGCUGCAUCGGCUGCCUAAGACCCAUUGGCUCCCGCCUUUGCCUUUCUUUGCUCUUCUUUCCUUUCUUUCCUCUCCCUCUCUCGGCUGGAGAUGGUGGGCUUCACGGUGCCUGCGGAAGUCAGGGUCUUCCUGCUCGACAUCGAAGGCACCACAACUCCCAUCGCCUUUGUCAAGGACACUCUGUUUCCUUACAUCAAAGACAACAUUCACGACUACCUGAGGACACAUUGGGAGGAAGAACAAUGCCAAGAGGAUGUUGGCCUUUUGAGGAAACAGGCUGAAGAAGAUUCUCACUUGGGUGGUGUUGUUCCCAUCCCAAUGGAAUCUAGAGAUGGAGAAGAAGAGAUUGAACGUGUCAUCCAGGCCGUUGUGGACAAUGUCAGCUGGCAGAUGUCUUUAGACAGGAAGACAACGGCAUUGAAACAACUCCAGGGUCACAUAUGGAGGGCAGCAUAUGAAAAUGGCCGUGUGAAGGGAGAGUUCUUUGAGGAUGUCGUUCCAGCUGUGAAGAAAUGGAGAGAAGCAGGAAUGAAGGUUUAUAUUUAUUCUUCUGGGAGUGUGGAGGCACAAAAACUCUUGUUUGGGAACUCUACGCAAGGUGACAUUUCAUCACUCUUUGAUGGCCACUUUGACACACAAAUAGGUCCUAAAGUCGAAAGUGAGAGCUACCAGCGGAUUGCGUCAAGCAUUGGCUGCUCCACAAACAACAUCCUGUUUUUGACAGAUGUCACUCGAGAGGCAGACGCUGCAGAAGAAGUUGACAUGCACGUGGCUAUAGUUGUCCGGCCUGGCAAUGCGGGGCUGACAGAUGAUGAGAAAUCAUAUUAUAGACUCAUAACCUCUUUCAACGAACUGUUCCUGCCUUCGUCCACUUAAGAAGCACAUUUUUACAAGGGAUUUUGAAAAGAAGGUGGGAUACCAUCUGAGAAAAUUCUCCUUAUAAUUUAUGGCAGUUUUUGCUAGUGAUGAGAAUUUCUGAGAGAGAAGUUAUUUGGAUCCUUGAUCUUCUGAUGAGAGGCAAUUGAGGCCAGUCAGAUUUAUCCAUCCAUUGAUCUUGUGAAUGCAUUUCAAAUUGAGCAGCAGUUACAAAGCCUAGUGAUUGUUGACUCCCUGUGUUCAGAACGGAAGAAAAAAGAAAGCAUCAUUUGUUGGGAGUUUCUCUGGCACAAGACCUUUGACUGUACCAUGUUGCUCCACCCUUGUGUACUUCCCAUUCAUCUGAAAAGGACCUUGUUUUAGAGAACAUCCUGAUGGACUACAUGCAGCAUGUAAAUCCCAGAAAACAUUCCUUUAGCUUUAUCCUUUCCUGAAAAUAAUAAAAAGAAUUAAAAUUAAAACCUGUCUCACCUUCCAGUCACCCUGCCAGCCUGGGGAACUUGGAGAGUGAGCCAGGCCACCAACAAAACCUCACCUUGCUCUUAAGUAGUGCCAAGUCAGUUAAAAAAGAAAACACAAUCAUUUAUGAUCUCAAAAAUGAGGAGGCUGCUUCACCGAGUCUUGGAUGGGGGAUGGUAGUGGUCCAACCUGGGCUCAGGCCCUCCUAGCCAGGUACUGUGUCAGUUAGCAGGUGAGGGAAAAGGGAGGGGGAGGGUUAGCUGUGGUCCAUAAAGACCAUCUUAACCUUAUCAGACUACCUACUAAGGAGCUUAACCACAUUGAGUGUGUGUACCUGAGUCUGAAAACCAGGGAUAGACGGGAUUCUAUUAGUGUACUGUCUACUCCGCUACCUAACAGACUCCCUGGCCGAGCUCAAGUAACUGUUGUCAGAGGUGUUGGGAGUUGGCCAGGCUUUUGCUUCUGGGUGACUUCAACAUACCAUUAGAGGCCAGUUUGUCAGGUGUGGCUUGGAAGUUCAUGGUAUCCAUGGAACACAUGGACCUAUCUCAAUUGGUUUUUGGACCUACACACUCAGCAGGUCAUACCCUUGAUGCAAUUUUCAGCUCGGAACAUACGGAUUUGUGGGUGGAGAUGACUAAUUACCGAGUUGUCAUGGACAGAUAACAUUCUGGUCAUGACAGCUACAACCUACCCACUGCAGGGGUGGUCACCACAACUACAACUUACCAAUGCAGGGGUGGAGGACCUAUUAAAAUGGGCCAAAUAUGAAAGCUAAUGGAACCCUUGAGAUUCCAGGUAGCAUUAGAGAAGGUCUGUACAACAUACGGCCUGGGGGCCGGAUACAGUCUGCAAGGGGCUAGGCUUCCUGUCAAUAUAGAAUCAAUAUCUAACCAGGGCUGUUGAUAUAAUCGCUCCCAAACGUCCUCCAACCCAUUAUUGUUAUACUGAGGAUCUUGGAAAUUAAAUGAGAAAGAUGACAACUAAAGCGCAGAUGGCAGAAAACUGAACUUUUAUACAAUAACACAAUACAAUGUUCCCUCACUACUUCGUGGUUCACUUUUCGCAGAUUCGCAGUUUUGCGGUUUUUCAAUAAACUCUAAAAGACUAUUAUAAAUCAUAAAAAAUUACAAUUUACACCCUAAGGAAGGGAGUAAGGAGAAGCCGAAGGGAGAGAAAAGGAGCCCAAGCGGCAACGGGAGGAGAGGGAGGUGAUUUAUCUACACAGGAUUGGUUGAUAAAGACUUAAAAUAGUGUAUACAGUAACUACUACAAUAAUGUAUAAAUAUUAAAAUAAAUAUAGUGUCCCUACUUCGCGAAUUUUCACUUAUUGUGGGUGGUCCUGGAACCUAACCCCAGCAAUAAGUGUGGGAACAGUGUAUAGAAGACAUCUUAGUUCCUAUAAGGUGGCUUUUCUUCUCUCCACGUAUUGCGCCUUCAGAUUCAUGUCCAGCUGAGCUAUUCAGAGUAGUGGGAGAUUUAAUCCAUGCACCCUCCCCUCUGAAACCAUUAUUGGAACCCUCAGUAGCUCACUGUGAUAGCUUUAAUAAACAUUUUCAGAUAAAAUCUCUUGCAUAAGAGUCAAUUUAGAUGCUUUCAUUGAAACAUUGUUAUGUGGCAUCCCACAAGGGCCCCAUUUUAUCCCCAAUGUGUUUUAACACUUACAUGAAACUACUGGGAGAAAUCAUCCAUUGGCAUGGGGCAGGGUAUUAUUAGUAUGCUGAUGACGCCCAAAUCUAUUUCUCCAUGCCUUCAAAAACAGCUUUAGAUAAGGAUAACUUGUCUUCUCUGAAUGAAUGUCUGGAGGAGGUAAUGAGCUGGACGAAGAAAAACAAGUUGAAACUAAAUCCAGAUGAGACAAAGAUGCUUGCCAUCAAGAGUCCUAAUCUGGGGGUGGAGGUGUGUCAACUAGUUCUGGAUGGGGUUACACUCCCCCUGAAAGACUGAAUUGGCAGCUUGGGAUGAAGGCUCUUGGAUCCAUCUCAAAAUGUCAGCCCAUGUAGAUGCAACAGUCAGGAGUGCUUACUACGAGCUUUGGCUGAUCCGCCAGCUACGUUCCUUCCUAGAUUUGAAGGUCCUAAAGAUGGUAGUACAUGUGCUGGUAACCUCAAGGUUGGACUUCUGCAAAACGCUUUACAUUGGGCUACCUUUGUACCAGGUUUAGAAACUCCAAUAACUUCAAAGGUCAGCAGCCAGACUGGUUACAGGAACAUCCAGAAGUGAACAUAUUACACCUAUACUAAAGUGACUCCACUGGUUGCCAAUGAGUUUCCGGGCAAAGUACAAGGUGUUGCUUUUGAUCUUUAAAGCCCUACAUGGUUUGGGACCAGGUUAGCUCCAGGAUGGCCUUGUCAUGCACAAUCUGCCCUUUAAGACACUGAGAUUCUGGGUGGGGGAGGUGUCAUCUACUGCAACCAGUCAGAACUUGACUGGCAACCAUCAUUCAGGGGACCUUUUCAUUGGCUACCCCAAGACUCUGGAAUGACCUGUCAUUAGAAAUUCAACAACUAAAUCAGUUGUCAAAAUGUUAGAAGCAACUGAAGGCCUAUCUGUUCCAGCAGGCCUACCCAAUCAAUUUUAAGUUGUGAAUUUUACUCUGCCUUUCAUUCAUGGAUUUUAACUUGUAUUUUAACUCUGUAUAUCCUGUAUAUGUUUUAAUAGUAUUUUAUCGUUUUAAUGAUGUUAUACCCCAACUCGAGCCACAGGGAGAGACAGGUAAUAAAUUUAUUAUUAUUACUAUGA